AUGACCAGCUGCCGUCGCCGAUCAGGAUAUUUAGGAGACGAUGAGGCCAGCCACACCAUGUACAUGGCUCGGGUGCGACCAUCGAAGAAGCCACCGUCCCAAGAGAUGGGGCAAACCUACAACUUAGACUACAUGCCUCAUCCACCGUCAACCUGUGACCCCACGGGCAGCCCACGGUUCCACAGUCACAACUCAAACUGGAAAGGCCCUCAGCCUUUUGGUAGCUUCCUGGAUUUCCUUGUGGAGGGUCAGGUGCUGGACAGCCUGCAGACAGUGGUGGAAAAAGCCACUGACCGCAUGGCCUCACUGAAGACAGAAGCUGGAGUGCCCCUGGUGGAAGUGCAGGACCCAGCAGAGGAGCCAUACAGCAAAAGGCACUCACGGUCCCGGCCCAGGAAGAGAAUGGCACAUCAGCACCAAGGCCAGCCCAGCCUCUGCACUGGGCGCCCCAACAACUACCCAUCUUGCUCCAGCUCCGCCUCUGGCUCCCAUAACAGCUCCAAAGCUGACCGCAUGGGCUCCUACUACUGGGACAGCAACCUGAGUGCCUGCAACUUAGGCUCACUGCCUCCCAUAAAGGAUAGACUCUUGCUGGAACAAAACCUCAAAAGGCUGCAGCGGCUGGAAAACAAAGGGAAAAGACGGGGCCUGUCCAGCUCCUGGGGGGACUUCCUACUCUGGGACUCUCUGUGCAGCCAGACCAAUAGCCAGUGGAGCUCGAAGAAGCCCCUGUCCUGGUUCACAGGCCUGAACCACCCCAGGCAGAGUACCCUGGAUGCAGCAGAGCUAGGGUCUGGAGGGCGGAAUCCCAUCCUCAGAGAGAUCGACAAGGAGAUCAGGUCCUUGCUGAAUCAGACGGUGCCCCUUGACCUGCAUGGCUACUGUUCUCUCCGAGAGCCUCAUCACACCCUGGACUUCUUGGUGGAGCACCGCCUCUUCCCCGCCCUGCAGGAUGUAGUUAACCAGGCCGUGGACAAACUCUGCAGGGCCCGGUGCCAAAAUGGCUAUCCCCUCUUCCCGACAAAUGAGUGGGAGGACCCCAAGAAUGCCAGGCCCCCAAGAACCAGUCACAAAUUCCCGAAGAAGAUGCCAUUGCCCUCCAUUUCUCCGGCAAAGUCUUCUGUCACUUCCAGCUCCGGGAAGGAUGAGGUCAUCCGCUACUUGACCAAGCAGACCCUCUCCUUGCUCAUGUGCAAGUACAAGUACGAGUGGCAACUGAGGCAGCAGUUGGGCUUCAUAUCCUUCCCUGUCACUGAGUUACUCAUGGACCUCUUCCUGGGCAUCAAGAAGGUGAAGGGAUCCUCCAUCCGUCUGUCAUCACAGACUGACUGGAAGUGCGUGCUGGAAAAGCUGCAGGGGGCCGAAUGGCCCCAGAAGCAACCCCAGAAAACAUCUCCUCUCCUCCCGGAAGUGGAGGUGCCAUCCGUGUCAGUGGACAUUGAGCCGGAGCCAGAAGACACCAGUCAGCCCUCCUUCCUCCCAGAGAAGGAGCAUCCGAGCACACCCGAUGAUGUGUCCACUGAAACGGAGGACCAGGAGGAAACACAUCUGUCGGAGCACAGCUCCUCCAUAUCCUCCGUCUCAAGUACCAAUGCCACUCAGAUCCUGCCGCAGUCGGAGUCCUCGGAAGACAACCUUGUGCAUGACAAUGUUGAUGAGGUGGAGACCUAUGGCUUUAUGUCCAAGGGCCAGCCCCAGGGGGCGUUCUCAGCCAGCUGCUCCUUAGAUGGUGGGGAAGCCCCAUGA